AUAGAGUCAGCUGAGAGAGCUGCUAGCUUCAGCAGGCAAGUGCCAUUAUGAUGAAUGUUUACAGCACUUUUUUGAGAGCCAAUUAUCUGCUUCUGUGUGAGUCAUGGAGAUCAUUUAGGCUGGUAGCAUGCACAAAGCAACACUGGAGCUUUCUCAUUUUCACAAAGGCUGUGGAAAAUGUAAAAGAAUGAAAUGCUUUAUCUUAGGCAGUCCCCAGGAUACCAGGGCUGAGGGAUCCAGGGUGCUUGAGGACCAUCUUGAGAUUGACGGAGCAUAAAUGUUUGACCUUUGAAGAGAUAUCUAUCAAUAAUGCUGUAUAGGAUACACAAUAUAAAUCAAUCAAAUGAUCAUUUGUUGUCAACUUUGCUCAGUGCCAAUAUGCAACACAAAUAGACGUCCCUCUUCAAAAACCUUUAGCUUCUUAAGAAAGCUCAAUUGGCCCCUUGUCAGUGCUGAGUGUGAUGCUGAAUCGUUUUCUACUACUGCAUCUUUGCCUUAUACGGAAGAGGACAAGAGACAGCUACGAGAAGCAUCAAUGCAUCAACUGAAUUCUGAACGCUAUGUUCCUACAUUUAAAGACUUAUCUAACUUCACUGGAACUAUAAAUGUCACAUUCCGCUACCUUGCUGGAUCACCUUUAGCUAGAAAAAAAUACUUAACCAUUGGACUUUCAUCUGUGAAAAGAAAAAGAGGGAACUAUUUACUAGAAACAAUAAAAUCAAUUUUUGACCAGUCAAGUUAUGAAGAACUAAAAGAGAUUGUAGUUGUUGUUCAUCUUGCAGACUUUGAUUUGGCAUGGUGUGAAUGUUUAGUGCAAGACAUCUCCAGAAAGUUUGCCCACCAUAUUAUAGCUGGGAGACUACUGGUUAUACAUGCUCCUGAAGAGUACUAUCCAGCUUUAGAUGGAUUAAAGAGAAACUAUAAUGACCCUGAAGACAGGGUCAGGUUCCGAUCUAAACAAAACAUUGACUAUGCCUUCCUUUUAAGCUUUUGCAGCAAUCUCUCGGAUUAUUAUAUGAUGCUGGAAGAUGAUGUCCGAUGCGCAAAAAACUUCUUAACUGCUAUGAAAAAAGUCAUUACCUCACGGGAAGGAUCCUACUGGGUUACACUUGAGUUUUCCAAGUUGGGAUACAUUGGGAAACUAUACCACUCGCAUGAUCUUCCACGUUUGGCUCACUUUCUCUUGAUGUUCUACCAGGAAAUGCCAUGUGAUUGGCUUCUCAUUCACUUUAGAGGGCUUCUUGCACAAAAGGAUGUCAUACGAUUCAAGCCAUCUCUGUUUCAGCACAUGGGUUACUAUUCUUCUUACAAGGGAGCUGAGAACAAAUUAAAGGAUGAUGACUUUGAAGAGGACUCUUUUGAUAUUCCUGAUAAUCCAUCUGCCAAUCUGUAUACAAAUAUUAAUGUAUUUGAAAAUUAUGAUACCAGUAAAGCAUACAGCAGUGGAGAUGAGUACUUCUGGGGCAAGUCACCUUCUACAGGAGACUUCUUUUUAAUUGUAUUUGAUAAGUCAACCAAGAUUAACAGAAUAAAAAUUGUCACCGGCACAGAUGACCGUCAAAAUGAUAUUUUGCAUCAUGGAGCCUUAGAAGUUGGGGAGAAAAUUGUGGGUACUAAAAAAGGAAAACAGUGUUCAGCUUUCAUUACCUUAGGUGAAUUUAAAAAUGGGAACAUUGAAGUCCUGGAUGUGGAACAUAAAAUUUCAUUUGAUAUUGAAUGUGUAAGAAUUGUUGUGACAGCUAGUCAAAAGGAGUGGCUGAUUAUAAGAAGUAUAAGCCUCUGGACUACACAGCCCUCAAAUUAAUAAAUACAGGUUUUCUGCUGGAAUUUCAUUUACACAAUAUGUGUUAGUAUUUAUUUAUUGAUUUCAUUUUAAAUGAUUGGGAAAUAAAACUGAAAUAAUGAUGAGAGAAAAAUCCUCAUAAGCAAUAUCUGUACUUGUUUUGCAAUGAGAAUUGUCCAUUGUUUACGUUUAAGUACUGUACACGCCACUCUUUCUAGAGAAAAUACCAUUAUCCUUCAUUAUCCUAAACCAAAGGAACAGUUUAAUUCAGUCCACAGUUUUCAGACCCUUUAUUGUAUACAAUGGAUUGUUUUCAUAUUUUUACUUAUAAUGUUAAAUAAUUUACAUAUUUAAAACACCUUUUGUUUGCUACAGCACAUGACCUGUCAUAUCUAAGUAUGAAAACCAUGAGACCUUCUUUGAAAACUAAAUACAAAGGUGACUUUUCCAUUGUUGAGUAGGACAUAAUUCAAGUGAAGCAAAGAACAGUCAUUGAUGUGUCAUUUUUGCUUAUGGACUAUUCAUUGGGAAUUGAAUUGAAGAAUUUACAUGUCUGUCUUACAUUAAAAGAACUUAAGCAGCUGAUGAGUCUGACCUCAUAGAACAAGGGACGUAAUGUUUAAUAAUAAUAUUGUAUCUCAAUGGAUCCAAAAACAUACAUACUAUAUCCAUACAGUAUAGGAAGAGUCCCAUUUCAUUCACCACUGAAGAGCACCACCCACCAAGGUAACACAUGGCUGCCAUUAUAAGCCGUCAGCCCUACUACAUAAGAGAUCAGGUAGAGAAUUACUUUAUUAAUUGAAUUAGCCAUGUCAGAAAGGUUAACACUCCUGUUCUCGUGCGUGCAAUGUCAUGCCGUCUUAAUUAACCAAGUAGUUAGGACUUCAGUUUAACAUCUCAUUCAAUUUACUUCACUCCUAAUCAGGAACAACAAAGUUUACCCGUUCACCCACCUACUUUUUACAUUUUGGUCCGUGGGGAAGAGUUCUCACUAUUGAUUCACCAUCAUCACAGAACAGAAACACAGUCCAUAAACAACCUGGAUUUCCCAACUGAGGAUUGAACAGCCCUAGCCUUGCUUAGCUUGGAUUUAAGAAUGAUUCACAAUGAUUAACGGCAUCCCAGAAUCAUGUGCUUUGUGAAUGUUUAUUGAGUAUUUUAAGUAUGAUACAUUUUGGCUUAAGCUCCUUGGUUAAGGGGUAACUUCCUGGCCAUAAGAUGAGAUACCUUGGGCCCCCUGUUCAGAGAAAGGAGUUAACCAUUGCAAAAAUAGAGAUGGGGUAGAAGCAGAAAAGAGAAGAAACAAAACACAGCUGUGGUUUCGGGUGUGGGGUCUUCUUCUUAAAACAAAGUGUUAUUUUGAAUACUCACAGAUAAUCCCCAAUUUUUCCAUCUAUCAAUUUUCAUUUGACUUUUCUCAGUGAGCAUCAUGGCAUGUAUGCUUCUCGCUGUUUUAAAAUUAAAAUGACAUGAAGUGAAAUAAAAUUUGUCUAGGCUUAAGUUUGGUUUUGAAUAUACCAAGAUACUGAAAUACACUGACAUCAGCCAAAGGGGAAUAUAAUAUAUUUUACUUAGAUUGUUAAAUCCAAUUUAGAGAAAUAAAAACUUGUCAGAAGACAGAAAUAAUUUAAUAAUCUUAACCUCAUUUAGACUUCAAGGUCAGCAUGAACCACAAAAAAGAGCAUUGAAUUUUCUAAGAAAUGCUCAUUCUAUACAUGUAUAAUUUUCUAUACAUGUAUAAUAAGGGCGAGGAUUUAUUUCCUUGGUGGCAGCAAUGCGCUCCCGUAAUAUUGCAAUUUGUGCUUGAAGGAAUGCUGUGUACUGAUGCCACUGUCAACUAUAAAACCUCCGGAUUAUGAUUCUCAACAUCUAGGCCGAAUGUGAUGUUCAAUUUUAAGUGUAUAAACACUGAACUAUUUCUGAUCCAAAUUUAAAAAUGAAGUGCUGUUUAAAAUAGAUUUGAAUUCUGAAUAAAUGUCAAUUUUCACAAUUGUCAAAACUGAGACAACACUCUGAAAGCAUCAUUUCAAUUCCCCCAAGUGCAGUCUACAGCCGUGCUAGCAGCCACAGACAUGAACAUGUGGGUCAGGCGCAGUGCACAGUUACAGUAUUUGCUGAACAUCAGUAAAAAUUGUUUUUUUCUUUCUGUUUUACUUGUUCUGUAGCUAGAUGACAUGAGUAAUUGGAGGAGGAUCAAACAUACUAAUUUUAAAUGUAUAAUAGACAAUUCGCUUUUUUUUUACUACCAUCCAGUUUACGAUCAGCAAUUGUUAAUUAAUGUAUUAAUUAACUUCCAAUACUAUCCUUAUACAGAACUUGUAAAGGGGAGAUAAAGCCAACAUGAACAUAUCCUUUCAAUUGGAUGCUACAGUAUGAAAAGCUCUCCCUGCUUUUUUGGAAUUCAUUCCCAGCUGCUCAUGGGCUCCGAGUAUGCAUUACAACACUCUGAACAUAGUGGAUAACUCAGCUAUGCCAAAAGACUGGUCCUCUGCUAUUGCAGAGUUCUACACUGUCUAGUUUUCAGAGGGUGAUGAUGUCACUUAUGUAAUUGAUCAAAUUAACAAUUUGCCUUACGAAUGACAUCACAAUUGCAUUGACAUUCAUACUGUAGGUACUGUAUCGCUAUUGAAUGGCGCAACUAGGACAACCAGUGUGUGUCCCCCGAGCAAGUGACUAUAAUCUAUUACUGCAUGCUAUGUUUUGUAUAUGAGUAUAACUUAUUUCUAUCUGAAAAAUUAACUUCUGCAUAAAUUUAAUUAUCCAGAUUUUGCAAUUGAAGUAUCUUCUCUGAUGACCCAAAUUCUCUUCAAUACAGUAUAUUGUCACUGCUGUAAGCUUCUUCAUAUUGGUAAAAAGUGAUUUCUAGGGUCAUGAAUUCGGGGGAGCAUUUGAAAAAAAACAGGAUAUUAUAAAAAAUAAAUCCCAAUGUAAAAAGAUAAUAUAACCAUAUACUUUUUAAAGAACAUACAAUAAAAGGAGUUUGCAGUGGAUAUUGUCUUCCAGAAAAUACAUAGCUCAAAUCAUUCAUGCUUCCAUGCUAGAAAAUAAAGAGAAAAAUGUAGAAAUUAGGAAAAAUGACCAUUACAUUUAAUACAACAAUAUAAGAACUGCUCUGAUCAUCUCUAAUUCUAUAUUAACAUUUAAUUGCACAAAAACCCAUAUUCAAAGGUCUGAUAUUGCUUUCAUUUUACUCAGACCAUUACAUACAGGGGAGGUGAUAAGACAAGUACAAAGCAACAAACACUUUGAUUUUGAAGGAGAAAUGUUCUCUCAAAGUAUGUGAAUUAUAAUGUAAAAUUAAUAAGUUAUUAUUAAAGAUAUUUGUUUACAGACAUAGCCAUUUUUAAAUAUUUAUUUUUGUAUCAUCUAUGAUUACAAGUGAUCUAGUGGAACAAAUGAAUAUUAUUACUUCUAAUACAAUUACAUUAGUCUAACAAGCCUGUAGUUAUUUUAAGACAAUUGUAAAGUUUCGCAUGAUGUGAUGUUUUGAAUGGUGUAUCAUUUAAGUCCAUAUUUGCAUUUCAUAAUCACCAUAGUGCAAGGGAUAUAAUUAAUUAUGUAAACCACCUAACAGUUUGGUGUAUGUUUUUUUCAUUAAUCUUUGUAGAAACUUUUUGGCAAACAAAAUAUCUGUGUGUGGGAAAAAUAUUCAGUAGACCUCAACAAACAAUUGUGGAAAUUAACGUGAAAGUAAAGAGAUAUUCUUACUUAAUACAGCCUUAUAUUAAUAACUUGUAAAACGAUGUAAUUAUGUAUAUAAUUGGGUCAGUCAGCAGAACUCAGCUGAAUCCACUGUUUCAUACUAUUGUUGAAGUGUUGGAAAUUACACAGUACACGACCAGAGAUGAAGAACUUAACAAUAUAUGGAAUUUACAUCAAUUUCCCUGGUGAAGGAUAUAAAUUAAUAAGUUAUUUUUUUGUUCUGUUUUCCAUGUGUUGUGUUUAAUAAAAGGCAUGCAUUUAUUAAAAUAAAGCUAUUUUUUUAAUGGUAAAGGAUUCUUUGAUGUUUUGAAAGCAUUCUAGAACUGAACUAAUAUACUGUAUAAUUGUUAUCUUUAAUUAAUGGGUAUACAAAAUACUGUACAUACUUAAGCUAUUUGAACUGUCUUGUAUUCUUAAGUAUCAAGCCUAAUUUGAGACCAAAAGGACUCUUUUUGCCAACAAAUAAUUUUAUGAUACACUGACAUAAUUCUAUUCAUGACAAUUAUAACAACACUUUUAGAGUAGAAUAUGUCAAAUAAAAAGACAUUAAGCACUGAUAAUUUGAAUUAAUUUGAAACUGAAAACAAAUAUUCUUAACCUAGAACAUAGAACAUGACUGUGGCAGUUUACAGUUGAUGUUUAGUCAUGCUUUAGGCAAAUAAAACUAAUUAUCAUAUGUUUAGAUCACAUUCGAUUUUAAAGUAUUCUUCAGUAAUAUUAAAUUGUUAAUUGAAAGUGGCUUUCCAUAACUUUAUGUUACAAAUAUAGAAAUAAUAUUGAAAAGGUAUUAUCUGUUGUUAUCUAUUUACUGUAUACACAUUUUUUACUAGUACUUCCAGGCUACAUCACCAUAUUUUUUAUUAAUUUAGAAUUUUUAUUUUUAAAAAGCCAAAUUGUGAUUUGAAGUCUUGCUUCACAAUUACAGUACUAACCCCACCGCUGCAGUCAAGGCAGAAUUAGGAAGCACUGGCAAAUUCCUCUAAUCCACCCACCUUUAAACCUCUUGUAUUUUAACACAGACAACAUUGCCUCAUACUGGAAAUUAUGUUCUGACUGGAGGAGUUACUGUACCAGUAGCACCACAUGCCUGCAAUCACCCAAGCUGUUGUAGGGAUGUCUGAGAGCUGAGUAAGCCCUGGCCACUAAUCCCACCCUAUCCUCUCGGUGGUCCUCAGCCAAUUGUGAGCAGAUAUCUAGGACAUCCCAGUCACAGCUGGCUAUUGGGAUGACUAAGGCUUGAAUCUGUGAUCAUAGAGCACACAUAGAGCUUAACUAAUUGAGUGCAACAUCAACAUAUUUUAUAAGCAUAAUAUUAUAAAACAUAAUUCAAAAUCUUCCAUUAUCUUCAUAAUGGAAGUAUACAGUAUGAAGUUAUGGAAAAGCAUUUUCUGGUCUUUGCCAAUGUCGACUUUUGUUAUUUUCAGGAAUAUGCUGUUAAUACAGUAUGUAAAAGGAGAUGAACACAACAGUAUAGUCUUGGAAAUAUUUAUGCAUAAUUCUUUGAAGUUAAUCCCAGGGAUCCUUUAUUUGUUCAUUAAUGUUACAUUUAAUUAAACAGCUUUGAAAAAAAAAUUGGAUUGUGCUUCAAAAGGUCUUCAUCUUCAAAGGAGUAAUAAAAAACUGAAAAUAAAUGCAUAGAGCAUUUCUUUUGUAAAAAAUGAAGGAUAGAAGUGUUCUUGAUGAAAAAAAUAUAAAAAUAAUUUCUAAAUCUCCUAAACAUACAAUAUUGCUAAAUUCUUGAAAAGAGCAUAUCCAUAUGGUGGUUCACAAUUCAAGAUUACUUUUUGUAAUUAUAAAAUGCUAAAUGUAUCUGCAUGUAACUUAAAUGUAUUUGUAUAUGAUUAAAAUCCAAACAUAAAUUCCACAUGUACAAAUCAAAGAAUUGCAAACAUUUUUUUUUCAAAGACCCCACUGGAUUAAAACACAUCACCUGGUUCUUGGUGUUUGAUUCUGUGAUUUAUACUGUAGAUGUAUUUUUGAUAUGUGAAUAUAUAUGUUAAUAUUGUGAAAUGUUGUUUUUUUUUUAUCCAAGAAGGGUUUAGGAUUUUUUUUUUACCAGAAUACAUGUAUUCUUGUAACUCCCCUUUUAAAAAUAAAUAACUUUUUAAAACUUUUUAAUCUUUUAAAUUAUUUCUGAAGAUUACCCAGAAAAAUGAUUUAGAAUGCUGUAACAAUGGCAUUUUGUAACUAAAGUCAUUUGGACUGUGAGCCAUGGUGUGGGUAUACUCUUUUUUUAUUUUUGUCAUAGCUUCUUUGCAUAUAAGCAGCUUUAGUUUGAUCAUUGUUGCAUAUUUUGAAUUCAAAUGUCCCAAAAAGUAAAAGAAAUAAGAGUAAGAGAAGUCUCUGAUAUAAAAAGCUUGUAUGCACAAGCUUGAAAAAACAGUAUGUACUGUAAUUUAAGUUAGAAAUGGUUAAAGGCUCCUCACAUUUACUGCCAUAUUUAGAGUGUUUUUACUGCACACACAAUCCCUUCACAGCCACAGAUAUUACAAUCAUUACAACUGAAAGGCAUGAUUCCUGUACAACAUUUUGCUUCUGUUUAGCCUCUGUUUUACUGUGUACAGGUACUGUGCUUACAUUGUGAAGGGACUGUUUACUUGUAAAAAUGUAACUUUUCUUUGGCACAAAUUGUUUAUUGUGAAUGUACUGAUGUGUUUAUUCUGGAGUUUUGUAAAAUAUGUUAAAUGUUUUUCACUUUGUUUACAUCAUGGAAUUUGUGAUAUGUUUUGAAAAAAAA